AUGCCAGUUACAUUGGGAGACGAAGGCAAAUUUCUCAACAACAUUGUUUCAUCUUCAAUCUCCCAAACAAAGUCAGAAACGAAGAAAAACUCCUCAGCGACAUUGUUUCAUCUUCAACUUGCUCAAAAAACAAUGUCAAGGGCUCUCAUUCUCAUCAAGGACCCGGUCAAAGGAAACCAAGUGUGGAAGAUGCUUAUCAGGGUUGUUGACAUAUGGGUUGUAAAGGAGAAAAAAAAUGGCAGCCAACAUGUCGAAUUGGUCUUACAAGAUGAAAUGGGCGAUCAAAAUCACGUCACCACUAGGAGCCAAAUACCACAUCACAAAUUCAACUUUCAUGCUAUUGACAACUUUCUCAGAGGACGUUUCAAAGCUGAUACAUUACAUAAUGUCAUUGGGGUUUUGCAAGAGGUAGUCAAGACACAAAUGAGAGGCGGUGGUAAAAAGUCGUGUGUCAAUAUCACUUUACGUGAUACUGAGGUUUCUGGAUUGCCAAGUCUAUCUAAUGCUUGGAACUGCUCUAGACUUUACAUUAACUUAGAGCAUCCUCAAGUUGAAUCAUUCAAAGCCAGUUUUGGAACAACUGAUUUGGCAAACCAGUAUGCUCUUUCACUAACUCGUGAUUCAUUCAUUCAUUCCACUAACAAAAACUGGACUAGCCCAAAAGAGGUCAAGAGUAUUCGUGAGAUUUAUGAAGGAGGAAAGGAUUGUUACGCAACAACUAUUGGCACUACCUUAUGUUUCAAAGCUUCCAAGUUCGGAUGGUAUUUUGAGUCUUGUCCGGGCUGCAAAUCUUCUAACAAGUCACAAGGCUCUAUAUUUCACUGUGACUGUGGAGUUAAGGAUGUUGAACCCGUACUAAAUUACAGAUUCAAAAUAGAAAUUGAAGUUGAAUAUGAUAGCCACAAAGGGACUUUUGUUUUUUUGGAUAAGGAUUGUAAACCGUACACUAAAAUGACUGCUAAGGAAUUAAGACAACUCAUGAAGGAGGCUGGAGAGGACAACCCUAAGAUUUGGCCAGCUCACCUUGACAAUCUGUUAAAUAGAGAAAUGGAAUUUCGUAUUAACAAAUCUCUGAUGCAUCUAUUAUGGAUAUCACCAGUAAAGAGCCAAUGCAGGAGCCCAACCAACCUAUUGUGUCCUACAACAAGCUCUAGUAGCACACCUGCAAAGAGGAUUGCUAUAACUACAUCCGUUAAUAAUCUUCUCGAGGCUGAAGACCUGACUCCAAAGCAAUCUGUCACAAAGGGCAAGCCUGGAAGGAAGAUGAAGCAUUUAAAGAAGGAAUGA